GAAGUGGGUGUGGGAUAUAUGGAAGCAGCUGGCUUUGCUUAGCAGUUAAAUUGCUUAUAGAACAUUCAGACUUUUGAAUUCAGUCUCUCCCACAAAUUUUCUAUUUCUCUGGAUACAAUAUAAUUUCGGUUAUAUAUAAUUUUCGGUUGCUGGUUGGUUUGGCUAUUUAUGAUUUAUAUUAAAGAAAACACAAACCUCGAAUAUUAACGGUAUAUUGCACAGCCGAUUUCGAACUUCGAGGUGGUCACACUGGUGGAUGUCACUGCUGUGAAACGGGGCAGGACAAAACAAUUGACGAAUAGGAACCGAAACCCACCCGGGAUCGGAAUGGCUGGAUUUCUGAAGACAAGAAAGCGCAGCCGGGAGGAUGAUUUGGCUUGCGAGUCGCCCCUGUCGAAACGCAUCAACAACCUGAAUCUGAACUACGAGGACGGAAACAGCAACAGCAGCAACAGCUGCAGCAUUCCGCCACUGUCGGGUGGAGGAGCCACUGGUGGAUCCGGCGGGUCCGAUGCAGCCGGAAACGGUGUGGCGGCCGGAUACGAGUACAACCCAGAACUGGGAGCCGAACAGAACCCAUUUUACUACGAGAAGAACAAGGUGCUGUACGAUCUGCACGUCGAGCGCAUCAAGCGGAGCAACCAGUAGCUAGUGACUAUGGAUUCCGGUCCGCGAGUCCAAGUCCUGGCACAGCCAUUUAAGUGCCAACACGAGUUAUCUGCAACAACACUCUGUAGUUAGUCUAAGUUCAAGUAGUUCGCCUCCGUUCAUUCUACUGUGCGCGCACGGAUUUGGAUAUAUGUAUCUGGAGUCACUAGCGUUUGUGUGAUAAGCAUUGUUUAUUUACAUGGCAUUAGCAUCGUCCCUGAUGCAUCCACAUAAUAAUAGUAGUAUAAAUCGAGCUAAGAGUCCAUCAAACACGCACAUGAAUAUACAUAAACUAAGUUCAUCGGUUACCAUCCCUUCAAUAUGUAUUUAUAAUCCUGCAUAUAUACUUUAUUCUAAGAAUAUUGUAAGAAAACCUCCAUAUCUUUA